AUCAUCAGAUUUCUUACACACACACACGCACACGCACUUCAAGCCGGUGCUGUAGAGCAGGAUCUAUCCUCACCUUUCGUUAUAAGACGAAUGUACUUUGUUCUGUAUAUCCUUUCAUUUCAUUUCAAUUUUUAAAAAUAAUUUUUGCAGGGAAUAAGAGAGAUUAUGUCCAGACAGCUCACAAUGAAUCCAGCUUUCCUACCUCCGCAAACUAACGGCGUUUUGAAGGCGCUCCUGGAAAAACCUCUGAAACUACCUUUGCACCAAGAUGAAGGCUACGUGAAGGAGAGAGAGAAGGUGAAAAAGCUGGAGGAAGAAGGAAACACUCCUCAAUCAGCUUUCUUAGGGCCAACGCUUUGGGAUAAAACAUUGUCUUAUGAUGGAGACAGCUUUCAGUUGGAGUAUAUGGAUCUAGAGGAGUUUCUCUCUGAAAAUGGCAUCCCCUCUAGUCCCGCACAACAUGACCAAAGCCUCCAUCACCAGCAGCCGCAGCAGGCUUCAAUGCCUCAGGGCUCCAUCUCAGUCAUGGACCUCAGCAGCCGGGCAAUCACCUCCAUCCACACGGGCAUGGUUCCUCAGAACUGCCUCCACAGCCCGGGCAGACCAGUUUUGCCUCCAUCACGUAACACACCAAGUCCAGUAGACCCCGAGUCCAUUCAGAUACCAGUGAGCUACGAGCCCGAUCCGGCAGACCUCGCUCUGUCCAGCGUGCCAGGCCAGGAGGUUUUCGACCCACGCAAACACAAGUUCUCCGAAGAGGAGCUGAAACCUCAGCCUAUGAUCAAGAAAGCACGCAAAGUCUUCAUUUCUGAUGAUAUGAAGCAGGAUGAAAAAUACUGGGCACGGCGCAGAAAGAACAAUAUGGCUGCCAAGAGGUCACGGGACGCUCGGCGUCUGAAGGAGAAUCAGAUUGCCAUCCGGGCUGGUUUCCUGGAGAAAGAGAAUGCGGCUCUCCGUCAGGAAGUUUCCGAACUACGGAGAGAGCUGGGGCGGUGUAAAAACGUCUUAACCAAGUAUGAAGCUCAACACGGCCCUCUGUGAGAACACCUGGUUGCUCUUCAACUUCCCUCACCCCUGCCCUUCUAAUUCGAAGGACAAUAUUCUUGGGUUAAAAUCCGCAGGGCCUGUUUUCCAGCCAGCCCUCACCUCAGUCUGUUUUUGGCACCUUAGAAGGCAGAAACGUUUCAUCGUGUGGUUAUUUCAGACAUCUUUUAGAGAUCUACCUACUCUCUUUCUCUAUUUGUUAUCGCAAACAAAGCCACCGUUGUUUGCAGAUCGUGUUACUUAUGGUUUUACUGUGUUGUAGCAUUUGUCCACAAACGUUUGCCUUGAUUUGUCAUAAUUUAGCAGUCAAAUCUGAGCUAGUGGAUCUUCUGCUGUUCCUCUACAGACACCCAUAGCGUUGUGUAUGAGAGGAGUACAUGUGCAUAGCUGCUUCAGGUGCGUAAAGGUUUUGUGUCUCCGUAAAGACAUUAUUCUCACAGACAGAACAGAAUGUAGCAAGAUUUGAGAGUCUGAAUUCAUAAAAUAACUCUAUAUGACCAUAAAUAUUAAAUAUCUGUAUAUCCCUAUUAGAAACAGACAAUCAAUUUGCUUAUGAAAUGAGGAUGCCAGGUAAUGAAAAUCUGUGCCACAUGGAGCUUGAUUGAAAUUGGCUGUUUUUUUUUUUUUUUUUUUUGUAUGUGGUUAAUGACUUUCUUUUUAGUGUUUACACUGAUUUGAAAGUUUAGUUAAAAAGUCACACCCAAACUUUUAAAUCCUGAGAAGCUAAUUUAGUUUAGGUAGAACUGCCUGCUGCAAUAAUUCCAUCAGAUUCAGCACAGAGUGUCUGCAUUAGCAUGCUUUUGAGUUCAAGAUGUGAUCACGGAAAGUAUAUUGAACAAGGUCCUAAUGUCCUUAUUGCUAACACAAAGAGGCAACCUGGUAUUAAGAGUCUAUUGGAACAGAUGUGUUGCCUUUUGUUGGUCAGUUGUGUAAUGAAUGUAGUACAGUGUAUUUUAUGUCUCUCACUCUUUACUACAGACCAAAUUAUAUGAAAUACAAUGUUAUAUAAGGUUAUAUUGUCAUAAGGCAAUUAAAUGUUUUUACAAAGUUAUUCUUGUUUUUGUACAGUAUUUUCAUAUGGAUUUCUGAAUAUAUCUAUGUAAUUUGAUGUAUACGGUAUAUUUAUAGGGAACAAACUUUAUGAAAAAAGUUCUAAAUUCUACAGUUAACUGUAUAUGGGCAUUAAUACAGUACAUUUAGUACCAUGAACUUUGCAUUGCGAUCAUAGUUUCUUUACCUAUUCUUAUACAGGCACUUUAGUAUCAUGUGCAUCAGUAUCGAAACUGUUUUUCAUGGUUACGUUUUCUUUUGUUGUUAAAUUAUGUUUUCAGUACCUUUCAUGUUUUGGUUGUGAUGUACCUUCUUGAAAUAUGGUAUUAUUUGCCAAACGUGGUAAAAGAGCACUAUUCUUGGCCACAUAGAAUGUUGUCAAUUCUUGUAUAUUUCAACCAACAAUAUGUAUUUUAUAUUAAAUAUAUUAAAUUGCAGCAUGUUUAAAUUUUAACAUUCUUUCCUCAGAUGAUUGUUUGACUUAAAUAUUUGCAAUAUGUUGUCUGUUGUGGUCCUUUUUGGUUCCCUUUUCCUGUUUCAUUGCUCUUAAUGAAAAUAAAAAGCUUGUGAAAAGCUGA